AUGACACAAAAGUUUAGUCUCGUGAUUGUGGCAGGCGUGGUCGCCCUUGCAACUUGCGAUGUUGCGCCUCUGCAUCAUCCGAAACCUCUGAGUCACCCUCCUCCAGGACUUGUGCGCCAUGGUCAUCCUUUACAUCACGCCUCCCCCUUGCCCCACAUUGCCCCUGGACGUCACGCAGUCCCUCUGCACCCCGACCACAAACGUCCACUUGCCCCUCCUCUUUCCUCUCCUGUCUACAACUUCGACCACGCCGUCCGCGAUGACGCCGCCGGCACCCACUUCGGCCACUCGGAGGCUCGCGACGGCUACAGGACGGAGGGCAAGUACUUCGUGCACCUCCCCGACGGCCGCGUCCAGACCGUCACUUACCAUUCGGACGAGAACGGCUUUCACCCCACAAUCACCUACGAAGGAUUAGCUCACCACGACUCACACGUUCCCCCUCAUCACGCCCCUACUCCAGCCUAUCAUAGCACCCCUACGCCAGGCUACCACACUCCUACACCCGCCUACCAUACCACCCCUAAGCCAGGCUACCAUACCCCUACGCCUGGAUACCACACUCCUACACCAGCUUACCAUACCACCCCUAAGCCAGGCUACCCUACCCCUACGCCAGGCUACCCUACCCCUACGCCAGGCUACCCCACCCCUACGCCAGGCUACCCCACCCCUACGCCAGGCUACCCCACCCCUACACCAGGCUACCACACCCCAACACCAGGCUACCCCACCCCUACACCAGGCUACCACACCCCAACCCCAGGAUACCCCACCCCUACACCAGGCUACCACACCCCAACACCAGGCUACCACACCCCAACCCCAGGAUACCACACCCCAACACCAGGCUACCAUACCACCCCAACGCCAGGCUACCACACCCCAUCACCAGCCUACCACGGGCCCGAACCAGCAUAUCAAGCUCCCAAACCAGGAUACCACGCCCCUACACCAGGCUACUACACCCCUGCCCCCGAGUACCUUAUCCCUAGGUCUUACUACGGCAAAUCCACGCCUACAUACGGAACACUUAAACCUGUUCACCACCUCGCACCCGUGGGCCAUAUUCCUGGCUCUGUUUACUUCGAUCCACUGCCUCUUCACCAUGACUAA